UACGAUUGCUGGUGUUGAAAAUGCAGAUGUGCUGAUAUUGAUUGGAACUAAUCCUAGACAUGAAGCGCCGAUACUCAACACUAGAAUCCGUAAAAGUUACUUAUUCAAUGGCUUAGAUAUAGGUCUCGUAGGAUAUCCGGCGGAUACUACUUAUGAAUACGAUCACAUUGGAACAAAUACUUCUGCAUUAGAAAAUCUACUAAAUGGAACACAUCCAUUCAGUCAGAAACUUGCGCAAGCGGAGCGGCCUUUGGUCAUAGUCGGAAGCGGCGUUGCAGACAACCCCGAUUCUGAGUACGUCUUCUCAUCAGUGGCCCAAUUAAUUGGAAAAUAUAAAGAUAAAUUCUUCCAAGCGAACUGGAACGGAUAUAAUGUAUUACAGAGGGGUGCAAGCCGCGCUGCUGCGCUUGAUAUCGGCUUCAUUCCCACAUAUGACUCAUCAACCAUUGAGGCCAAGUUUUUAUAUUUAUUGAAUGCUGACGAAAUUUCAGCGAGGGAUAUCCCUAAAGAUGCAUUUGUAGUAUAUCAGGGCCAUCAUGGUGACCAUGGUGCUCAUUACGCGGAUGUAAUAUUACCUGGUGCUGCGUAUACUGAGAAGAAUGCUACUUAUGUCAAUACAGAAGGCAGAGUACAAAUGACAAGGGCAGCAGUGCCACCACCAGGAGCUUCUCGUGAAGAUUGGAAGAUAAUCCGCGCAUUAUCAGAGGUAGCUGGACUGACGCUUCCUUACGAUGACGUCCACUCUCUCCGUUAUCGAAUGAGUGAAAUAGCGCCUCAUCUCACUCGUUAUGAUAUCGUUGAGACCUCGUCGCAUGCCCAGCUUGGUCUUAUGCAACUCGUAAAACCAUCUUUGCGGCCAUUUAGCGCUCCUCUGAAUUCGGUGAUACCGAACUUUUAUAUGACAAAUAGCAUUAGUAGGGCGAGUCAGACAAUGGCUAAAUGCUCUGCUGCCUUCUCGAAAGGCCAUGCCAAUCCAGCAGAGGCUUAG